CUCCCACCUCCUUCUUUCCCCAAAACCACCGCCGCCGCCGCUCUCCUCCUUCCUCCCACCUCCUCCCGCAAACCUGUUCGACCUAACCACUGAAACUAUCCCCGCCCACUGAAACGUCCAGCAGAUCAAUUCCCCCCUCGAAAAAUGCCAGCUGACAAGACAAUGGAAGCGGUGAAAGGCCUCGACGUCCCGCGGUACAUGGAUCGGUGGUACGAGAUCGCCUGCUUCCCGUCCCGAUUCCAACCCAGAGACGGCGAGAACACCCGAGCGACCUACACACUGAAGGAAGACGGCGUCACCGUCGGCGUGCUGAACGAGACGUGGAGCGGCGGGAAACGGAGCUACAUCGAAGAGACGGCGUACAAGGCCGAUCCCAACAGCGACGAGGCGAAGCUGAAGGUGAAGUUCUGGGUCCCGUCGUCGCUGCUCUGUUCUCGUCAUCGGCGAUUCUCCGCUUCGCCGCCGGCCAUGGCGAUGACAAUUCCUCCUUAAUUGCAGACGACGUCGUUUCAAUAAUCAAUUUUGUCGUCUCCGUUGCCCUCCUCGCCGUCGCCUUGAGAGGUUUCACUGGGGUAGGAGUUGAAUCAGGAAUCACAUUAGAAAAACCCCUUUUGGAAGAAGAAGGGGAUUCGUUAGAUAGCGCUUUUGCUUCAGCCUCCAUAAUCUCCAAGGCGUUCUAGUUUUGGAUGAACCCACUUUUGGGGAAAGGCUACAAAACCCCAUUGAAGCUCGAAGACGUCCCCAGCCUCGCCCCACACGACAGAGCCGCCACCAUCUCCAAUCUCUGGGACGCCUCCUGGCCGACGGAGAAGAAAUGCCAGAACCCAGUUCGCACCACCAUCCUCCGCAUGUUCUGGAAGGAUAUCGCCUUCACGGCGUUUCAAUGGUUAGGUCGAACAGGUUUGCGGGAGGAGGUGGGAGGAAGGAGGAGAGCGGCGGCGGCGGCGGUUUUGGGGAAAGAAGGAGGUGGGAGGUGCCGAGGUAGGAGGAAGAAGGGUUGGGUGGGGUUGGGUCAUGGGUUGGGUUGGGUUGGUUUUAAUGAUGUGGCGGGUUAUAAUGACGUGACGGGUCGGAUUUUAUUUUUGUUGGGUUAUAUCCGGCUGAUUAGGCAAUUCUGUUUACCACAUCAGCACUUAACGGACUUCAUUAACGGAGUUGGACGGAGACUAACGGCGAGUGACUAAAUGUGUCCAGUUUUA